GAAGCUUUAGAUAUUGUAUUAGGAUAGGAUAACCAGUGAUACCGGAAUAAUUCGGAAUAACAUAACCAGAGUGUCGCCGGUAUUACCAGAACAAAGAUACUUCAGCCGAUACACAGAUGGACAUGGGCAAACCCGUUAAACCACUAGGAAUGAACAAAAUUCAGGAGUCGAUGAAACCAAUUCUGGUGUCGUUGAAAUUGUUUGGCUUAUUUUAUGAAUCCACUAAUAAUAAGAUAGGCGUGGAGGACACCCAAUAUCUUGGAUCCUCGAUAGAGAAGAAAACCCGUACUAACACAUUACGGAAGAUAUACUGCUGGGCUGUGCUGUGGUGUUUAACAAUAAGUACUCUAAGGCAUAUUCCCGGAUUUUGGACAGGUGCUGCUUUUGUAACGGGUUUUACAGUUCCCAAGGUAAUUUUCACUACCUGGUCCUUUCAAAGCGUCUUCAGUGCUGUCCUCAUACUUUUCUACUGCCGUAAUGGAACUUUUGAUGCGUAUUUCAGGCUGUGGAACAAGGCCAUCAUGGACAACAAGUGUACCUGUCUGGGAUCCAUAUUGAAAGACCUGCGUCGAUUUUCAAUAAUAUGCACGGUGUUUGCUUGGGGAUUCUGGAUUUGUAACUGUGUUGGAAUAUUUCUAAUGGUUUUCAUUUUUAACACUGACUUUGUCAAUUCUUAUAUUAAUCCAUUGCCCAAUAACUUAACCUGGAAGCUGAUACUAUUUGUGUGUCACAUAUACCUCUCAUCCAUUUGGGUCUUCAGUAUCGCACUGGUGUUGAUCUGUAGCAAAAGCAUCACCAACGCCUUUUAUCUUCAUUCCAAAACUAUAGGAUGUGUGAUCAAAACAAACCCUAAGGCAUUUCCGGAAAAGGUGGAGAUGAUUCGACGAAAGCAUUUGGAGCUGUGUCAUCUUGUGGACAUUCUAGAUCGUCCUAUGAGAAUGCUGUUGGUGAAUGUAUUGGGUAUAAACAUCUUUCUGGCUUGUUUUAUUCUGUAUCAGCUGAUCAACAUCAGCGAUACUCUGUUAAACACGUUGAUGAUGGUGAUGUGGGUGAUUUCGGCAUAUCUUGGUCUGGGAUCAGUUUCUUGGUUUGCUGCUAUUGUUAAUGAAGCAGGCCAUUCUCCUUUGGACCACAUCUAUGAUUCAGAAACAGAUGGGCUGUCAACUGAACGAUUGGGUCAGUUGACGUUAUUUCUGUCUAAAUUAACUGGUACAUCAAUAGGUUUUACAGCCAUGGGAUUUUUUACUAUCACAAAAGAAGUUAUAUUAACGAUUGUUGGUUUGUAUUUGACCUAUUUUUUUCUGUUGCUGCAAUUUAGGAUCACCUAAGAUCAGCUGCUGGAUCAAUUAAUCAAACGAAACUCCACGGAGCAUUAACAGACACUAGUUUGUCGAUUGGAGUUUAAUUUAGAAGAAAGGAAGUUGGAUAAAUUGUCUGAACAAAAUCUCUGGUCAUAUCUAUGAAGCUUAUCCACUAAUUCUGCACUAAUAGAAGAAUAGAAGCCACACCAGGUCUACGGGAAUGUUUUCGUUGUUCCAGAAUCUAAUUAAAACACAGAUCCUAUUCCGUUAUGUUUUUUAUAGUUCAAAAUUUCGUUUUACUUGUCAAAGUAUUAAAAAAACGAAACGAAAUAUAGAUCUGUAUUUUAAUCAGAUUGUAUGAACCUUAUCCACAAAUCCUGCACUAAUAGAAGAAUCGAAGCCACACUAGAUCUACGCUGUUUUCGUUUUUCCAGAAGCGUAAUCACUCAACCGCGUUUAAUUAUUUUCUGAUUUUAAAUUAUUCUUUUGUAGUAUAGACCUUUUUUUAUGUUUGGUAAUGGUGAUGUAGAUCAAUUCUACAUGUCUAGAAAUAUUUUUUUAUGGGUAAACAUGGUCUCAGUUUAUAAACAUAUAUAUCAUCGUAUUAUUGCCUGAUUUUCAGAGAUAAAUAUUUUUGAGCUAAAGACGAUUCAUAACGAUCUUGGGUGUUUUCGGAAAGUUAUUUCCCCAGAUGUUUGGUUGUGGCUUAAUGAAAUUAAAUAAAUUGGGUUUAAUGUCUUUACUAUUUUGCUCCGACUGGGGUCAUGAAGUCUGAUUUCCAGAGAUAAUUAUUCUUGGGCUAAAGAUGAUUUCUAACGAUCCUGGGUGUUUUCGGAAAGGUAUUGCCCCAGAUGUAUGGUUGUCGCUUAAGGAUAUGAAAUGGGGUUUAGCGUUUUACUGUUCUGCUCCAACUGGGCUAAUAAAGUGUGCUAUGAGGUAAAUUUUGCCUGGACAGUGAAACUAUGGGCUACUCGCAAAUCGAAUUCGAACUGCCAAGGGAUCUUUUACGUAUCAUCUGAACGACUAUACGUUGUUCCUUGCCACACCCCCUGUCCCAUCCCACACCGUAUCUCGGAAAAGCCCCCUCAAACGCCUGAUCACCACACAGAAUUGACAUCUACUCUAAAAUCAGCUCUAGAAAAACCUGUCCCAGUACAUUAUCCUCUCACGUGACGACCCCGACACCCUCUUUCUCAGUCUUGAGCCACAUGGUUAUGUAUUUAUUAGAACUCUAUGUACAUAUAAACUCGUUUUGGAGUGAAACUGGUUUGCAUAGUUUUAUUGCUUGUCAAAUUAAAAGUCCAUAUUGAAACUAAAUCGACAGAACAGCUCAACCAAUAUUAUCCGUUGUCUCAGAGGGCCAGAGACACCCCCCCCCCCCCUAAAAUGAACACUCCUCCACGAUAUUACAUCCCUGUAUGGAUUGCAUGAUCGGGAUAUUGAUAACGGUCAAUCAAUUCACAAAUUACUUGAUCAACAGAUAUUACUUUAAAUAGGCUUUAAUCCCCUGAUAAUAAUUGUAAACAAUAACAUUAACAUGGUUCUAUAACACUAUGUAAAUAUUAAUUUAGCCCCGCUGUAUUAAAAUAAUUUGUUAAUGUAUACAAUAAACACUAACCCAUAAGGAAACCUGAUCGGAGCAAAUUAAAAUAUCCACAUUAACGGCACGAUUGUUUCCAUGUGAUUGUACCUAAGUAUCUAAAAACGGAAUACUAAUUGGAAAAUAACGACCGGUGUCAUUUCAAACCGCAUUGUCAUUCACGUUUCAAAAGAUUGAUAUCUCUGUUUAUGGAGUGUAUCGAUUUUGAGGUAAUAAUCAUUUGUGUGAGAAAGAACGCAUGAAAUGUUUAAUGGCACGUCAGCUCCAUACCCUAGCUGUUUUGUGCCAAACAUAUGGUGAAUUUAAGAGACAAAUAACAGCAACUCACGGACGCAUUUUGCCUGUCUCCAGUGUAGAAUGCGAAAAUGGCUUUUCUACACACAAUUUAAUAAAAACCAAAUUAAAAACCGCCUCACCACUUCUACACUGGAUCAACUUAUAAAAAUCUCCUUGCAAGGACCGCCUUUCGAGUUUUCGAUCCCAAUAUUUUAAAAAAUUGAAAUGAAAUAGGGUUUAACGUCCUACUGUUCUGCUCGGUUUCGGCUAAUGACGACGGGUUAAACAGGUUAAAUGUAAGUAAAAAUCGUCAAAUCUGCAGUAAAAUAACAUUGAUCUGUGUUGUCCCCUCUUCUUAUUGUUGUAUUGUAUUAUGAAUAAAUGAUCAUAUGAAACUUACCUGAAAUAAAAGAAAAAGAAAAUA